CUUUUCUGGCCAAAGUUUCGUUGUUUUGCAGCGGCUGCUUCUCCUCCAUUGCAGGUAAAGAUGACAACUCCAGCAGUGAAGACCGGUUUGUUCGUUGGAUUGAACAAAGGACAUGUCGUCACUAGACGUGAGCUAGCUCCUCUUCCUAAUUCUCGUAAAGGGAAAACGAGCAAGAGGACAUUGUUCAUCAGAUCUCUGAUCAGGGAAGUAGCUGGGUUUGCUCCUUAUGAGAAGAGAAUCACUGAGCUUCUUAAGGUUGGCAAGGACAAGCGUGCUCUUAAGGUUGCUAAGAGGAAGUUGGGUACCCACAAGAGAGCCAAGAGGAAGAGAGAGGAGAUGUCUGGUGUUCUCCGUAAGAUGAGGUCUGGUGGUGGUGGUGUUACUGAGAAGAAGAAGUAAACAUCUUAGUCUUGUCUGUUAUGGGAUAUUUGUUUCUUUUGGAACUCAAGUUUUGGCUUCUGUAUGCCCAAAAAGCGUUUAUGUGUUGUGCUUUGUUAGGGAUGUGGAUUAAUCUUGUUUCACUCUGUUCCGUUUUUAUGAUGAAGCUUAUUAAACUUACUAUUACGUUUAUGCAAA